AUGAUAAGGGACGUGAACUUCGUCCCUGAUGACUUCAGUACUGAGCAGAACCGCGAAAUUUGGCCUCUUUUCUAUAUCCAAAAGUCAAAAGUUACGAAGAACCCAUCUGCUAUUGUAAAACCUCACGUUCAACAGAGGUUAAAGGGUGGAGUAGCACCGGCGAAGAGGUCGAACGUCAAGUCGCGGGCGAGUGGCCCAACGAGCGGUGGCACCACCGCAGUCGCCGACACGUUGUUCAGGUUGCGCCCGAACAUGACCUCCGUUUCCACGUCUACCUCUGCAUCGACUGACGCAAGCAACAUCUGCACAGAUUGCUCUUUGAUCGCCGAGCUGCACAGUUUUACGAAUGUGUUGCGCGACUUAGAAAGGAAACCGAAGCGAGUCUCAAGGUUGCAUGUGCCGCGACGACGUCUUCACGUCGCUGUUGCAACUAAACCACAGACAGGCAAUAGCCUGGUCACAUCGUCCAGUCCGUCGUACAAGCAAGCGGUGAUUAUCGACGCUGCACCGAAACCGAAGAGCGCGAAGUUGCUGAGGUACGCAAGAAGAAAGUGCACGUAUAUGGUGCCGCGUCGCGCGUACAGUUUGCCGAACGUGUCUUUGCUGACGUCACUUCGUUGCGACACGACGCUUGAACAUCGUCCGUGUCCUGCUGGUAAUCAGUCGUCACCUCUGCUAACUCGACCGCUGGCAACUGUCGGCGACACUUCGCGACGCGAUGACAGUGAAGAAACAAAGUGCCGGUCGUUCACAAAGGGUGCACGCCAACGAGCGCUGCUGGACGUUGGAGACGCGUCGAGGAACUGCGCGUUGGCCGAUUUCAGACGUGAAGCCGGCGGAAACCUGGAGUCUUCGCCUCCGCGCCCAGCGUGGUGGCAGAACCGUUCGUCGUAUCUUGAUUUCGAUUUCCUCCUCGAUCCAGCUUGUCGGUACAGCCAUCGUUUGAUAAACGUACAGCAGAGUCACCACCGCCGCGAGGACGAAAACGAGGACGAGGACAACACCUUUACUCGUGUUGCUGCAAGCACCGGCGACGAUCUUCAUCGAUAUCCUCAUUGUCAUCAUCACAGUCGUACAGCCGUUGCCUCCGUCAUCCCCGCUAUUAAACAACUUGGCUCCAGUCGCAGUGAACGAAACGAGAUGGUCGUUGCUUCCGUUGCCGUCGCGCACCCACUGUUCCUACUCAACGUGCCAUUCGAUCAGGUUGUUCCAGAAACGGCGCAUAAACAGCAGGAUGAGGGCAGCAGCGUCAAAGUCGUACUGCGUCGACCGGCCAACAUCGCCGCCGAGGUGUCGCUGAAGUUGCCGUUUCGCGGCACUGUAGUUGAGCCUGAGAUUGAUCCCGCGAAGCUGACUGACUGCUGCCGGCUUUGCGACUUCGCCUUCACUUUUCCUCUGAUCCGAACGACCGUUGGUACGAGCGAUGACGUGUUCGGCCUUCGGCUGAUGUCUGAAGGCGGAACCAAGACUUUAGUCCACCGUAGACAAGAGAACGCGACGCACCGACAGGCAGACAACGGGGAAGCUUGGAGGAGGGCAUUGAGACAUGACACGUUUCUUUGUUCUUAG